CGGGCUCUGCGCUGCUGCCCGCUCGCCCGCUGUUGUCGCUCGGGCUGCUUCAGCUGAUCCUGGGCUGUUGCAUGGUGGCUCUCAGCUUCGGGGCGCUGUCUCUGAGCAGCUCCCCUCAAGUGAAGAACUCGUGUCCGUUCUGGGCCGGCUCCUCGGUGAUACUUUCUGGAAUCAUAGGAUUGACAACUUGGAAACGGCCUAUGAUACUGCUGGUAAACCUCUUUGUUCUGCUCUCUGUGGUUUGUGUCCUCUUAAAUUUAGCUGGGUUUAUCCUCGGCUGCCAGGGAGCCCAGUUUGUGUCCAGUGUGCCCAGGUGUGACUUGGUGGACCUGGGGGAAGGCAAGAUUUGCUUCUGUUGUGAAGAAUUUCAACCAGCCAAAUGUACAGACAAAGAAAAUGCCUUGAAGCUCUUUCCUGUUCAGCCUUGUAGUGCUGUUCACCUUCUGCUUAAGAAAGUCCUUUUUGCCCUGUGUGCCUUGAAUGCCCUGACCACCACUGUCUGCUUGGUGGCAGCCGCCCUCCGCUACCUCCAGAUCUUUGCAGCCCGAAGAUCCUGCACUGACGAAUCCCAGAUUUCUGUCGAAGAAGUGGAAGAGCGUGGUCGUCUCCCAGACCCCGAUGACUUUGUGCCGCCGGUGCCACCCCCUUCCUAUUUUGCCACGUUUUACUCGUGUACACCCCGGAUGAACCGCAGGAUGGUUGGCCCUGAUGUUAUUCCACUGCCACACAUCUAUGGAGCGAGAAUCAAAGGUGUGGAAGUGUUCUGUCCUCUGGACCCCCCACCUCCCUAUGAAGCUGUGGUGAGCCAGAUGGACCGGCAGCAGGGAUCUGGAUUCCAAGUGGCAGAAGGAUCAGAAGCUGCUCCCAGCCCAUUGGAACUGAUCUGCACACCAGUGACUCAAGGUGGAGACAUCCCUAAUGCACCCGAAGAAGAAAGUUCAUCCAUAUCAACUCCCAGCUCAAGCCGGCCUCCCCCAGUUAGAAGCCGGAGAGCCCUGCGGCCGCUGAGGACGAGGUCAAAGAGUGACCCUGUGCUCCACCAUUCCACAGAGAGAGCCACCCCUGUGCUCAGCUGUGAAGCUGCAACUCAGACUGAAGGAAGACUGGAUCUGACUUCAGUGACCCUGAGGAGAGGCUUGCGGUCCAGAGCAUCGCGAUGCAGACCAAGGUCUUUAGUAGAUUACAAGUCUUACAUUGACACCAAGAUGCUGGUGGCCAGGUUCCUGGAGCAGUCCUCCUGCAGCAUGACCCCCGACAUCCACGAACUUGUUGAAAACAUUAAAUCUGUUUUGAAGUCUGACGAGGAGCACAUGGAGGAAGCCAUCACAAGUGCCAGUUUCCUAGAACAGAUAAUGGCCCCCGUGCAGCCCAGCACUUCCAGGGCCCACAUGCUGCCCACGAGGAGACAGCCUGGCCUGCUGCACCUGCAGAGCUGUGGAGACUUGAGCACCUUCGUUGCUGUGGGGAGGCCCAGCGCAGAGAGGAGGCCCCGGCGUGCAGAGGCUGAGCGACCGCACAGCCUCAUCGGUGUCAUCCGAGAGACUAUCCUGUGACCUGCCGGGCCAGGCUCCUGCAUCGGCAGGAGCAGAGAGGAAGAUGAUGGGCCCUGCAACACAGAUGCCACUGGAGGGACAGAGCCCCCUCCUCACCGAUAGUAGGUUCCUGACUGGGAGUUGGGACCCUCAUCUGGGAUCUCUUCAGAAACAGGGACAUUUGUUUCUGAUCUUUGCUCCCUUCCUGUUGACUGAGGGUGUGCAGGGGUGGAUGAGGAUGUUCUAGGCUCUUUCAGUCUUUGGACACUCCCACCGUAUCACGUGCCCUGCUGGGGGCAGAAACUGGGCUAAUGACCUCUGCUCACUACUCCCCCGUGGCUCUUUCUGAGUCCAUCCCCUCCUUGGAAGGCUACAUCUGUUGGGCUGCUCUUUAUAGUUCCCUGUGGGCAUUGGCUGCUCGGUGGGAGGAACUGGCAUGGAAGCAGGACGAUUAACUCUGAAGUUCCGCAAUCGUAAGCCUCAUUUGGGUCACCCUCAAACCGCACUCUCUUUAGGAAAAACAGGAAACUUUUUCAGUGACAAAGUGUAAUGAAAGGCAUUGAGGGAAAGAAUUCUUGUUGAUUCCAUUUAUUCAUUCUUGUAAAAUUAGAAACGACCAAGGCAUAACGGAGAAUAAAAAUGUUUACUU